AUGACGAAAAAGACAACACCGGUGACGCAUGUGAUAUUUGAUGUAGACGGCACGUUGUUGGAUACAGAAUCAUGUUACGAAUUGGCGACCCAAGCUAUGUUGGCCAAGUUUGGUCGCAAGUUCACAUCCGAUAUGAAAGCAAAUAUGAUGGGUCGAGGUGGUGCGGAUGCUAAUGCUUGGUUAAUCAGAGAAGUGGGCAUUUCCGAUCAAAUCACUACAGAAGAAUUCGGUGUUCAAAAAGAUGCUAUGCUCUCUGAAAUGUUUCCUAAAUGUAACGCCUUCCCAGGUGCUGAACGCCUUGUUCGGCACUUCGCUAAGAAACAGGUUCCCAUGGCAAUAUGUUCUGGAUCAAGCCUACGAAAGUUUCAACAGAAAUCUGUGAAACAUCGCAGCUGGUUGGACUUGAUUCCAACCAAGGUGUUCUGUGGAGAUGAGGGAGAAGUAAAACGAGGAAAACCUUUUCCCGAUGGCUUCCUGGUAACAAUGCAGAAGUUUCCUGUUCUGCCGACAGAUCCAUCACAUGUACUAGUCUUUGAGGAUUCUCCGAAUGGAGCGCGUGCAGCUGUUGCAGCUGGAAUGCAAUGCGUAAUGGUGCCAGAUCCGGUGUUUCGUGAACAAUCUCGUGCAUUGAACGUCAGCAAAAUUCUUUCGACCCUCGAAGAGUUCAAACCGGAAGAGUUCGGCCUGCCUCCCUACGAUUAG